AUGAAAGCCUCUCUGCUGUCACGUGACGAUCACACAGGAAAACCAGAAGUACGGCACAGCAGAGCAGCUGACUACACCAGAGAAAGAAGGAAAAUGGUGAGUUUAGCUGUUUUUAUGUUGUAAUUUUCAAAGUUUUAUGUUUGAUUCUUCUUUUGUGCGUUCAUGAAACACGGAUAUUUCAGUUUAUCAGUCAGUAACUACUUUGUUCAGCUGUUAGCAGUCAGUCUGAUAGCAUGUUAGCUAACUGUGUGUGUUUGUUUCAGACAACAGCAGCCCUGACUGCGGGUCUGGAGCGGAUCCCGGAUCAGCUCGGGUAUCUGGUGAUCAGCGAGGACGGGGUGCUGGCUGUAAGUGUCUGUCACCUCUUAUCAAUAAAGUUUAUUUACUUAAAAUCCUGCUGUGCUAAUCCUGUUAAAAUAACCUGAUGUGCUCUGACCCCUGACCUCCUCUCAGUCUGCAGGUGAGCUGGAGAAUGAUGAACACACGGCAGGUGUGAUGAUGCAGAUGGUCCGAACAGCCAGUCGAUUCAGGUUAUCUGGAGCAGCUGAUCCCCCUUUCAAACGCAUGUCAGGUAACACACACACACACACACACACACACACACACACACACACACACACACACACACACACUCUGACAGGUGAGCUCUAGCUGACCCCCUCACCUGUUCUUACCUGUUCUCUUGUGUUUCAGUGAUCCUGGAGGACUUUGUUUACACGGUGACGGUUUCUGGUCAGAAGGUGUUUGUUGUCAAACGUCAGAACAACCAGCAUGAGCCAAUCAGCGUUUAG